CUGUAAGAAAAUUCGGUCGAUUUUCUGUACUUCUGUCAAAAUGAAUGUUACUUUGGCAAUAAAACAGUACAUAAGUAAGAUGAUAGAAGAGAGUGGACCUGGUAUGAAGGUUCUUCUGAUGGACAAAGAAACGACAAGUAUUGUGAGCAUGGUGUAUGCACAGUCAGAAAUUUUGCAGAAGGAAGUCUAUUUGUUUGAGAGGAUAGACUCUUCAGGUCGAGAGACAAUGAAACAUCUGAAGUGCAUAACAUUUCUCCGGCCUACAAAAGAAAAUGUAGAAUUUCUGGCGCAAGAACUUAGAAUGCCAAAAUAUGGACUGUAUUACAUCUAUUUUAGCAAUGUGAUCAGCAAACAAGAUGUCAAAGUUUUAGCAGAAGCAGAUGACCAAGAAGUGGUGCGAGAAGUCCAGGAAUUCUUUGGUGACUACAUAGCAGUGAAUCCCCACCUGUUUACAUUAAAUAUCCCAGGAUGUUGUCAAGCUCUGAAUUGGUCUCCUGGAUCUUUGUCCAGGACAGUAGAGGGAUUAACAUCAGUGUUACUGUCACUCAAAAAAUGUCCAAUGAUUCGCUAUCAGAACUCCUCAGAAAUGGCUAGGAGACUGGCAGAAAAUGUCAGGAAUACUAUAAACAGAGAGGCGGCACUGUUUGAGUUCCGUAAAACAGACGUAGCGCCAGUGUUGGUGAUUUUAGACAGAAGAGAUGAUGCUGUUUCACCACUUCUUAAUCAGUGGACUUACCAAGCCAUGGUUCAUGAACUUUUAGGAAUAAACAAUAAUCGCAUCAAUCUAUCAGAUGUACCAGGAAUCUCCAAAGAUCUGAAGGAGGUAGUUCUGUCAGCUGAACAUGAUGAAUUUUAUGCCAAUAAUAUGUACAAUAAUUUUGGAGAGAUAGGAACAAACAUCAAAGAUCUUAUGGAGGAAUUUCAGAAAAAGUCACAAAGUACAGCAAAAGUGGAAUCCAUCGCUGACAUGAAAGCUUUCAUAGAGAAUUACCCCCAAUUCAAGAAGAUGUCAGGCACUGUUGCAAAGCAUGUGGCAGUAGUGGGGGAAUUAUCUCGGCUAGUCACUAAACAUCAUUUGAUGGAGGCAUCGGAACUAGAACAGGAAUUAGCAUGUCAAGGGGACCAUUCAGCUUGUUUACAGAGGAUAAAAUCUCUGUUGUCCAAUGACAAACUACAGCCAUUAGAUAUGCUGCGUCUGGUGAUGUUGUAUGCCCUACGAUACGAGAGUCACAGUAAUAACGACAUAUCAGGACUGUUAGAUGUUUUACGCAAAAAAGGAGUCAGCGACAAACUCAGAAAUUUAGUCCCUGCCGUCUUGGAAUAUGGAGGCCGUAAAGCCAGGGGCAGCGACUUGUUUGGUAACCAAGAUGCAGUAGCUAUGACAAAGAGAUUUUUCAAAGGGUUGAAGGGAGUUGAAAAUAUAUACACCCAACAUAAACCAGUAAUGUUUAAUGUUUUGGAUCAGCUGAUCAAAGGAAAGUUAAAGGAGGGAAGUUUUCCAUACCUGGGUACAAGUGUUCUCAAAGAAAGACCUCAGGAUAUUAUUGUGUUCAUGAUCGGAGGGGCCACUUAUGAGGAAGCUAUGACUGUCCACACUCUUAACAGAACCACCCCUGGUGUCAGAGUGGUGCUAGGAUCCACCUCAGUUCUUAACUUCAAAAGUUUUUUGGAUGAAGUCAUGCAGGCCGUAAGAGGACAACCUUCCAAUCGUUUAGGAACAAGAUGAUGGAAUCAAAACCAUGUUUGCCAGUCUGUGAUUUAACAUAUAUGUGCUUAAUUUUGUCACAAACCAUUAAUACGGAAACCAAGAAUGUACACAGCAAUUGUGACAUUUCUGUUACUAAAGGAAUCUAUUGGAGAAUCUUGAAGAAGACAAAAAAAUACAAUGUUAUUGAAAAGAGGCAUUCCAGUGGUUACUACAUUUAACAUAGUUGUUUAUGUAAUUUUAUCAAAAUGUUCUAAAAUAGCUUCAUAAUGUGUAAACUUAAGGACCACGGCAGAGUGACUGAACUUGAUAGUUGUGCAUUUUUACUCUUAUCAGAUUGCAUGGAUUUGAUUUAUAUAAAGAAUAAACUACAUUUCAAAGUUAUUGUAGUCAUUGUAAGGUCACAGUUAUAUACUGUGAUUUAUUAAUGCUGGAUUAUAUGACAUUUGGCAGAAAUAAGCUUAAUAAUUUGUACUUAACUCUUCGAAGUUUCAGCUAAACUAUGGUCAGUUUUUUAUUUUUAUUUUGAGGCAACAUUUUUUUUUGUGGAAUUUACUAUAAUUGAAAAUAUGUAAAUAAAAUUUUUAUUAAUUUAGGUUUCAAAACACUGAAGCUAUAUCGUGAGUGCAAUAUUUGUGCAC